GUUGAGGGGGGUGUAUUUGUGUUUGAACAAAUCUGAUGUGACCUUCGUUCAUCUUAGAGUUUUACCACUCUCUCCUCUCAGUAAACUUUGAAACCUGCGGCUAGUUUCGGGUUGUUGCGGAAAGCCUGUCCGUCGAAGGACCAGUCGCAGUCUGCGCUUCAGAAAUGCACUUUGCAGGAAGCACAGCUUGUUGCUCGGACACCUCCUGUUUCACUUUUCUUAACGAGGAGUUAUAAAUGAAUGAAGGAAAUGCGAUCGUGAAGGACAUUUCGUUUUCUUCAGUACGGCCCCACCCCCCUCAGUCCGCCGGGCCGCAGCCGGGCUGAGGACAGAGGAACCCGGAGUGAGCGCUCCCUCGCCGGGCAUGGAGAGCGACUAUGGCGGCGGCCGGGCGGGGAUCCAGCAGGCGGCGGGCGGAAGAGGAGGAGGAGGCGGUGGCGGCUGGGUGCUGGUGGAGGCCCGGCUGCAGGGAGGAGCGCCCUGGGGCUUCACCCUGCAGGGUGGCCAGGAGCACGGAGAGCCGCUCAUCGUCUCCAAGGUAGAGGAGGGCGGUAAGGCAGACAGUUUGGAGCAGCCUCUGCUGGUGGGAGAUGAAAUUAUCAUCAUUAAUGACAUGGAGCUGACUGGAUACAGACAGGAGGCCAUUGCUCUGGUCAAAGGAUCGUACAAGAUUCUGAAGCUCACAGUCCGCAGGUAA